GGUUUCGGUGUGACGUCACCAGGAAGUGUGUGUGUGACGCAGGAGGGGGGCGGAGCCCGACAGAAGAUGGCGUCGGUCCGCUGUAGGCGAGACCCCUGCGGCGUUAUCUGCCUGGUUCUAACGUAUUUCAGCGUGUUUUACGCGGACUACGUGGUCAUUCAGUAUGUCCUCAUCCCAGCCUACACGGACAGUGUGUGGUGUACUCUACACGGAUCAGUGUUCAACCUGAUUCUGCUGCUGCUGCUGGCCUGCCACUCCAAAGCCGUCUUCUCAGACCCGGGUAUGGUGCCUCUUCCUGAGACAGCCAUUGACUUCUCAGACCUUCGCUCCCAGUCGUCCCGGAUGAAUGAGCGGGGCUGUGAAGGCUGGACGGUGUGCAGUCGCUGUGAAACCUACAGACCUCCCAGAGCGCAUCACUGCCGCGUCUGUCAGAGGUGUAUACGCCGCAUGGACCAUCACUGUCCCUGGAUCAACAACUGUGUCGGAGAGCUGAACCAGAAGUAUUUCAUCCAGUUUCUCUUCUACACCGGCAUGGCCAGUCUGUACUCCAUGGGGCUGGUGGUGUCGGCGUGGGUGUGGCGGAUACGGAGCGAGAGGGAAGGCGACGCAGAGAAAGAAGCAGAGGAGACGCCCAGCAAGCACCUCAUAGUCGCUCACUACAUCAUCCUCCUGGUGGAGUCGGUGUUGUUUGGCGUGUUUGUCAUGGUCAUCUUCUACGAUCAGUUGGUCUCCAUAAUCACAGACGAGACUCCCAUCGAGCAGAUGAAGAACAGGCUGAUGAUCAAGGACAGAGCCUCUUCAUCUUCCUCCUCUUCCUCCUCCAACUCCUCUCAGUUGCCUCACCAUCCUCCACACACCCGCAAGCCCAAGCUCGCUCUGCUGCGGGAGGUUUUUGGAAGAGGUUCGGUCUUUUGCUGGCUUCUUCCUCUCCACUCCAGCCCUCCGUCGGUCGGCGGCAUCACCUACUCCGCCCUGCCCGACUACGACGUCUGACCUUCGACCUGCGAGCGGCGGACAGAGGGCGAGGAAAGGUUUUUGUGUGUGUGUGUGUGUGUGUGUGUGAGAGAAAGAGUGAAUUUUCUGCCUAACUAAGAUGUCUUAUCUUUAUCUUUGGACCUGAGAGCUGAAGAGGAAAGAGGCUGAGACCGGGAUGAAUGAAGAGAGAGAGAGAGUGUAUUAGAUGAAUGAACGAGUGUAUGAAGUGUGAGUGACUUUAUCCCCCAGGACCUAAAAGAGUUCAGCCUCAGACACCCAGACUCAUGAAUUUCCUUCCUGUCAUAUGAGGGAAGAGCUCCGACGGUCCCGAUCCGUAGUUUAACUACCAGCGUUCUAUGAUUGUUUAAUGGAAGAGUUGUGAACACUGGGGUUUGACUGAUGUGGGGUUAUAAACCCUGAUAUGCAUUUUAUUUUUACACCAAAAAGCUGCUGAUAUUGGAUGUAUAUUGGACAAAUUUCAUGCCCGCAAAUUGCAAACAUUCAGGGCCAGAUUUAAUAAGAAAAUGGGGCCAAACGUAGAGAUCCUUCAGAACAUUUUGCGGUUGAAGUCCACCUGAAAAAACUAUUAUUAAAAGACAGAUUUAGCGUUGCACUCCUUUAACAUUGUCGGACUCCAGCCAAAAAUUACGUUUUAUGGGAACGUAAUUUGGUAGGAGACAAGGCUGCGGACUCACGAUGGACAGUUUUUCAAAAAUAUGGAUCAGAAUUAAUCGGAGAUCUUUCUUGGCCCCUGCUCCAACCUUCCACCAAGUUUUACAGUAAUCGGGUCAGUAGUUUUUCCAUAAUCCUGCUGACAAACAGACAAACAAACCAAGCUGAAAACAUGACCUCCUUGGCGGAGUUAAUACGGAGAAAGGCACACCUUGCUAACACUUGCUAAAAUGCAGCAGAAUGCGCCAAAAGCCUUGUUAAACCUGGCCCUCUGUGUUUCCUACCAACAUUUAGGCCAUCAUGAAACACCAAAACUGCCCAAUUAAAACUCCAAAGAUGCUAAUAAUGGUGCACAUUGUGCAAAAAUAUGUAUGCAUAGAUGUGAGAAAGGGGAUUUCUAAGACGAGUUUGAUCAGUAUCAACCCAAAUACCAGUCGAACACCAGUCUUUUUAUGAUGCUGACUUCUGGCCAGUAUUUAUGCUAUACUCGUCAGUUCCUCUGACUUUAACGAGCCUCAGCCUCUCGAACAAAAAGCUACCAAAGGAGGUCAGGUAGGUCAACUUCCUGUUCCUUCAAAGUGUUUUUACACCUUCAACUCCUGAAUGGAAAAUUAUUUAUGGAAGAAUCAAAUUCUUUUACCCAGGUAAUGUCCAAGCCAAGCUUUAAAUAGUUACUAGGGAUGCACUGAUAUGGAUUUUUUACCAAUAUCUGAUUUGAUCUCAUCCGUAUUAGUUGAAUAUGUUCUUAUGGCUCGUAGUGAAAUCACAGACACAAAACUGGUUGAGCUUUAAUUUUAAAAAAAAGUACGUGGACACCUGAACAUUACACCCAUAAGUGAAAGUUGGACAUCUCAUUCCAAAACCAGUCCCCAGUCUUGGGGACGUGUCUGCAGGGAAUGGAUGCUUCCAUUCAUACAAGUGCAUUAGUGAGGUCCAACACUGAUGUUGGGCGAUCAGGUCUGGCUCGACCAAAUUCAUCCCAAAGGUGUUGGUUUCACCAAACUGGGAAAACAGUGGAACAAAAGGGCCCAAAUGAGGAAGCCUUAGACCAAACGUCCACAUACUUUUUGGCCACAUAUUCUAUUAAUGCAUCUCUAAUGGGUUAUUUUUGGUCACUGAGUUUGGUUAACGUCCAACACCAAAAGACACAUCCCAAAGGGGCAUUCGUUUGGUUUUCCCCAAACUGUUGACACAAAAUUUGAGGCCCACUGUUGUCUAAAUAGCGUUGUAUCCUCCCUUUAUUGGAAAGCACCGAACUGGUAUAAUAAUAGAAAAGAAAUAAGAUGUGUUCAUGUGAUGCCUCGGGGUUCGUAAGUAAGCAAACAGGAAAUGGAGAAUGUCCACAAAGAGAUUUCCUUUUUUUUGAGUUUGUGUUUUGUUUUUUUUCCUCAUUCCUGUUUUAAUUUUGAAGUACAAAGAAGUUUGACGUGCUAACUAACUAAACUGUGUUACAUUUACAGAUUUACACACACUCAGAGUACACUUCUCAGUAUUCUGCUAAAUCUCAGUGAAGGGACGAUGAUUCUUAACUUAUUUAUUGUUUCUUAACUAUUCCGUGGAGUUAACUCUACCAAUAACUGUGGAUUUUUAUGUGACGGGUGAAGUUGCCUUUGCUGCUGUUGAAGGAGCAAUAAUGAAGUGUGUAGUGGUGCGUUUCCAUCCACCUGUUUUGAUGCACAUUUUCAAUUUGCGCAUUAAAAAACCCUGAGUGGAAAUGCAAAGUUUUUACUGAGGCUGUCAAUCAAUUAAAAUAUUUAAUUGCACAUUAAUCACACAUUUGUAUCUGUUCAAAAUGUACCUUAAAGGGUAUGUAACAGUAUGGUGCUGUUGAUUGCUGCUAGACUGCCCCGUUGCCUCCCAGUGAAAAUGCUGUUUGAAAGGCUAAACGCCAACAAAUAUGGACUGAAGCAGAGCAGAGUGUUUCAUUGGAUGGAGUGUGAAUUUUGGAAAUGAUUACGUCGAUCUUUUUUCAAUAAAUGUUGACUUUUGAACUGAAGACUUGAGACAAUUACAGUCAGAGACGCUGAGCGCUGCGCCGCGCUGCUUACAAACGCUCCAAACUCACACUAGAUUUUGCCGAGAAAAAUAAU